ACGUGAGCCCCGACAGCCUGGUGAAAUAAGGACGUCUGUGCGUGAGUCGAGGGGAGAUACGAUAAUUUAUUGCAUUUUAAUUUGAACACAUCAAAAAGAUUCACAGCCGAUUUUUCCAGUGCUGGUAUCAAUACCGUAAAUGGGCGUGUCAUCCGCACAACAAAAACAACGGAUCUGCUUCCGGUUUCUGGAUGUCGCUGUCAGACUCCAGCAUCUGUUCAACUGGGAAUCGCUUCAUCAGCAGCAUUAGUAUGAGCGAAGGAGACGUGUUUCAUGAGAAGCAACGAUUGGAGCUGUGCGCGAUUCAUGCACUCAACAACGUGCUCCAGGAGCGGGUGUUCACCAAGGAGACAGCCGAUGACAUCUGCAAGCGGCUGGCUCCACAGUGUGUGGUGAAUCCUCAUCGCUCAGUGUUAGGCACAGGAAAUUAUGAUGUCAACGUCAUCAUGGCGGCACUACAGAGCAGGGAGCUGGCUGCGGUGUGGUGGGACAAACGCAGGACGGUUCAGAGCCUCUGCAUGUCAAAGGUCCAGGGUUUUAUUCUUAAUGUCCCAUCGCGAGUGUCUCUGGGGAUCGUUUCCCUCCCCCUCCGACGGCGGCACUGGCUCGCGGUUCGGCAGGUCAACGGACAGUACUACAACCUCGACUCCAAACUGAAGAGUCCUGUCUGCAUCGGGGGAGAAGCAGAACUACGCUCAUUUCUAAGCGAACAGCUUUCUCAGGACGUGGCGGAGAUGCUCCUGGUCGUGCGGCGGGAGGUGGAGGAGGACGGUUCGUGGUUGAACCCCGACAACCCCAAGAAGUGAUGCCACGGGACAGGACGUACCUUCACUUAGCAUGGAAAAAAAAAAAAAAAACUUCUCUAGGAAAAUGACAGACAUUCUUUUCGAUAAACAGACACCUCAUUACAGACAACUCUUCAGGGAAUGCACUAAAAUACGUUUAACAUCUACACACAGAGGAAAUUCCAAAGAGAAGCAGAGACGGGCGGUGUACUCCUGAGACAAACUGUUUUUGAUUGUAAAAGCUGUUGCUCCGAUAUGACCCAUGUUUUUACGUUGUCCUGCUCUUGGUACUUUUGUUUUAACACUGGGAAGGUGCAUAUACGCUAACAAAGUUGAGGGCAAAUUGGAUGAUACUGGAGCUGUGACGUAUGACUGAACUUUCACUGUUUUGUGGUAGGAAAAUUGCAGUGUUUGUGCAUGAAAAAAAAAAACAUCCAGAGUAAUAAGGAUAACUGGACUUCUUUGUUUACUAAAACAAUACGAAAACGGUUUAGCUGAAUUUGCCGUGUGAGAUAUCAUCCAUCAAGUUGCCAUCAUUAGAGCAGUGUAUACUGUAAGUACAAUAUGGUCGUGUCAAAAAAAUCCAUCAGUUAUCGAGCAGCAGCUGAGCACACCAUCUCCUCCUAAGACCUUUUGUUGUAAACCUUCUAUGCACUGCAGAGUUAGACGUGUUAGCACUGUUUGUCUUGGUGUGUGUUCGUACAGGCACAGGUACUGCGAAGGCAUCACCCGGUGAGGCAUUGAAGGACCGCCAGUGUCUUUUCACGUUUGCGUCCAUUUACUACAAAGUGUGCCACAUGUUGUGUGUGUGUGUGUGUUUUUGUUCUCUUCCAUGCAGCCUGCUUUUUUUUCCCUUCAGCUUCAGUUUAAAACUUGCAGGGUGAACGUUGUGAACCUCGGGUUUGUUUUCGCCAGUGAAGUUACUGACGUGUGAUAAUGCAGCUGAAUCCACACGGUAACGAUUCCUUGACAAAACAAAGGAGUCCAGAGGUUUUUAUCGAAGUCAAGGAACCAGCUGUAAUGAAGUCUAUAACACACUUCACAGAGUAGGUUAACGACCAGUAAUUGAAAUACUUGACCAGACGGGGUUGGUCUGAUCUAAUAUCGCUGAGACUGCCAUUACA